AGUUGUCAAUUAUGUCAUGUACUUCGCGGUAAAAAUUGAUUGCGCUGACCGCUAAAUCAUUGUUUUUAUGUUUAAAUAACAUCUAAUACACUGAAUUUACACUUUAACUAAAUUAGAAAUCGUGUUUAGAAUAUUUAUAUCUUAAGUUUGCGCUGACAAAUUCAAAAUGACUCAUAAUUUGUCAGAAGGUUCGUUGGAGAUUAUAAUGAAUGGGGGGCAUUAUGACAAACCAAUCAUGCAAGUGCUUGGUAGUAAGAAAAUCCAGGGUAGUGGUGCCAACGAAAGAUUUAGGCUGCUGGUGUCAGAUGGGAAGCAUUCACACAGCUUCGCGAUGCUCGCCACACAGCUCAACGAUAAACUGAUCACAGGAGAAUUGUCCGAUUAUUCAGUUGUACAAAUUGAUCGCUUUGUGACAUCACUAUUGAAAAACACAGGCAAAGGCGAAAAGAGAGUAAUGAUAAUUCUAGACAUCACAAUCCUAAAGCCAGGAACCGAUGUGGGGAAGAAGAUUGGCAACCCACAGACAUGGACGGAGGAAUCGGCUGGAUCGGCCCCUGCUCAGCCGGCUAUGCAGCCAGUUCCUAAGCCUGCAUCGUCCCCACAACCCUUCUCCAAGCCAGCUCCGAUGGCCAACAACAAUGUGUCAAUGAACAGCAGCAUGUUGUCAUCACAAAUGACCCAUCCUAUUGCCAGUUUGAGUCCAUAUCAAAAUAAAUGGGUAAUAAAAGCACGAGUCAUGAACAAAUCCCCAAUUCGGACAUGGAGCAACGCCCGAGGAGAAGGCAAGCUGUUUAGCAUGGACCUUUGUGAUGACAGUGGCGAAAUCAGGGCCACUGCUUUCAAAAAUGAGUGUGAUAAGUUUUAUGAUAUGAUACAGGUUGAUAAAGUAUACUACAUUAGCAGAUGCCAGCUCAAAACAGCAAACAAACAGUUUACGAGUCUAAAGAACGACUAUGAAAUGACGUUCAAUUCUGAUACGGUUGUUGCUGAAUGUACGGAAGACUCCUCAUCUCUCCCCACUGUCAAGUAUGAUUUUGUGCCAAUUAACAUGAUCGCAGAGAAGAGCCCAGACACUAUCAUUGAUGUUAUUGGAGUCUGCAAAUCAGUGGCUGACCUUCAAGAGCUGACAGCAAAAAGCACAGGAAAACUAUUGAAAAAGAGAGAAGUGACUUUAGUGGAUUCUUCUGGUGGUGCAGUUGUCCUUACAUUAUGGGGAGCUGAAGCAGAGAAGUUUGAAGGAAGCACCAAUCCUGUUAUUUCUGCAAAGGGCGCGCGCUUGGCCGAGUUCAACGGCAGCAAGUCGCUGUCGUGCCUGGCGAGCACCAUGCUGCGGCUCAACCCCGACCUGCCCGAGGCGCACCGCCUGCGCGGCUGGUACGACAACGGCGGCGCCGACAUGGAGAUCGUCAACAUCUCCGCCAAGUCGGGCAUGUACAGCGGCGGCAGCAACGAGUGGCUGUCGUUCGCGGAGGCCGAGGCGCGCCAGCUCGGCGCCGGCGACAAGGGCGACUACUACAGCCUGUUGGGCGUGCUCACCUUCACGUUCAGCGACAACGCCGUAUACAAGGCGUGCCCGCAGGAGGCGUGCAACAAGAAGCUGGUGGACCAGGAGAACGGCCUGUUCCGCUGCGAGAAGUGCAACCGCGAGUACCCCAACUAUAAGCACCGGCUGCUCUUGGGGGCAAACGUGUCAGACCCGACCGGCGACCAGCGUAUCACGGCGUUCAACGAGGCAGCCGAAGCCAUGUUGGGCCGCAGUGCCGCUGAAAUAGGCCAGAUGUUCGAUCACGACAAGACGGCCUAUGCGCAGCUCUUCGAGGAGGUCAAAUUCCGCACCUUCGUCUUCAAGUUCCGCACCAAAAUGGAGACUUAUAGCGAUGAGACCCGAUUGAAGACUACAGUUAUGAACGCACAACCGGUCGAUUACAAGGAUGGCAACACUCGACUUAUAAAAAGCAUAAAAGAAGUUACUGGCGUUGAAGUUUAACAC